UUAACGCCUGCGGUGUUAGUCGAGGCGGCGAGGCACCGUGAACAGUGCCUCAACUCCAAGCUGGUAGUACAGCCUCGAAGUUCACUGUAAAGAUGACCAAGACAUACAACUCUCUCACUCCUGAGCAGGUCGACUUCUUCCUGGAGAACGGCUACAUCGUCAUCAAGCAGGCUUUCACAAAGCGAAAGGCUGCUGAAUGGACGAAAGAGAUGUGGACGCGUCUCGGUCUCGAUCCGGUCGACAAGUCGACCUGGGACCGGGAGCGCAUACAUAUGCCAUGGCACAAGCGUGAGGCUGUAUCCACCUUCGCACCAAAGGCAUGGGAUGCGAUAAAGGAUCUGCUGGGGGGCGAAGAGCGCAUCGACGAGGCGAGCAGCUCUUGGGGCGACAGCUUCAUCGUGAACCUCGGUGCGCCCCAAUACGAGGGCGACGUGCAGAUCGACCCGCGCGACCUCGACAACUGGCACGUCGACGGCGACUUUUUCGUGCACUUCCUCGACUCGCCCGAGCAAGCGCUGCUCGUCAUCCCACUGUACUCCGACAUCAAGCAUCGUGGCGGCGCGACCUACAUCUCGCCGGAUGGCAUUGACCUCGUCGCGCCGUACCUCGCCGCUCAUCCCGAAGGGUGCCUCCCUACGGGUCUCUCGUUCACGCCGAGCACGAGCACAUACGAGAACCCAAAGGACCACCCAGAGCACCUCGAUUUCCUCAAGGAGAUCAAGGACUGCGAGCGCUUCGCCGAGAUGACCGGCGAGAUCGGCGACGUCGUGCUCCUGCAUCCGCUCAUGCUGCACACCGCCUCGAAGAACCACCUCCGCGAGGCGCGCAUCAUCACAAACCCGCCUGUGUCGCUGAAGGCGCCGUUCAACUUCAACCGCGAGAACCCGGAUGACUUCAGCCUCGUCGAGCUGAAGACGUUGAGGGCGCUCGGCGUCGACCGUCUGGAUUUCAAGCCGACGACGGAGCGGAGACGGGUGGUGCCGAGGCGGGUGUUGUUGCAGCAGAAGAUGCUUGAGGAGGAGAAGAAGCGCUUGGAAGCAUUGCAGAGGGCCGACAAGGCUGUGGACGUCUCGAGCACCGCACCUGCCAUCGCAGUCGCUUGAAGUGCCCACAGGAGCUGAUAAAGAGUAAUGUUCAUAUGUAUAGUACGUGAGGCGACAUCGAUCGUCCAGUGUACAUGUCAAUCGAGCGUAGCUAUGUACUUGUACUGGAACGCUAGUGGAGACGACAUACUGGUUAUUUAUAGUUGUCCGUAACAAGAAGUGAGUGUUCG